GGCGAAGGCGAAAGUAUGCCGCGUAUAUAAGGCGACGAACCGGCGGCAAUCAGCAUCCAGUUCACUUCUGGACGCACCUGGAAUAUCUCGAGAAGAAAAAUGAGAAUUCUGGUUUACACAACGGCGAUAGCCCUGCUGGCUUCGGCCACAUGGGCCGAGGAGGCCGCCAAGUCUGAGAAAGCGAGCGCCCUCGAAGAGGACAAAUCGACGAAGAAGCAAGAGAAGCGUGGCUUGUUGGGUCUCGGCUACGGCUACAGCUACGACGGCGGUUACGAUAUUGGAUCUGGUGGACACGGUGGUCUAGAACUGGGCGGCGGUUACGGUUACGGUGGGUACGAAGGUGGACACGAGCACAUAAAGACCGUGACCGUCGUGAAGAACGUCCCCGUGCCGUAUCCCGUUGAGAAGCACGUGCCGUAUCCCGUUGAGAAGCACGUACCCUACCCAGUGAAGGUUCCAGUACCACAACCAUACCCAGUGGAGAAACCCUACCCGGUGAAGGUCCUCGUCAAGGUACCGGUACACGUACCCCAACCGUACCCCGUGGAGAAGAAAGUCCCGUACCCGGUUCACGUGCCCGUCGACCGUCCAUACCCGGUCAAAGUUCUGGUGCCGCAGCCCUACCCCGUGGAGAAGCACGUCCCCUACCCAGUGAAGGUUCCGGUCCCGCAACCGUACCCGGUUGAGAAGCCAGUCCCGUACCCAGUCAAAGUUCCGGUCCACGUACCAGCGCCCUACCCGGUGGAGAAAUUGGUCCCAGUGAAGGUCCCCGUCGAUCGUCCUAUUCACGUGCCGGUGCUGAAACCCUACCCGGUGCAUGUCGAGAAGCACGUGCCCUACCCCGUCGAGAAGCCAGUGCCGGUUCCAGUCAAAGUACCCGUCGACAGACCGUACCCGGUACCAGUCGAGAAGCCAGUAGCCUACCCGGUGAAGGUGCCGGUCCCGCAACCGUACCCGGUCGAGAAGCCGGUGCCGUAUCCAGUAGACAGGCCCGUGCCCGUCGAGGUUAAGGUACCGGUCGACAGACCGUAUCCCGUCCACAUCGACAGGCCGGUGCCCUACCCGGUCGACAAGCCAUAUCCGGUCGCAGUAAAAGUGCCCGUGGCGGUUCCGGUGCAUCAGGAGUACCACCACGGAUACAGUAACGGCUGGGAGGGUGGCCACGGUUAUCAUUAAGCUCGUUCCACGGUCGUACCGGUUUGAUUGCCGGUCGAAGAUCGAUCGAUCGGACGGUAAUCGGUGACUAGACCAUACCAAUGCCCAAAAACGAUCGAGCAGGUAUUUUAGGUAAAAGCGAACAAACAGGGGAGAGAAGGUACGGUGGCACGCGUCGAUCCGCGCACACGAGUCGUAUUCUUAUAGCUGGAUCGCAGGAGGAGUUCCGGUAAGAAAAAGAACGCGUCGCUUCGCAGAGGCCGGUCCCUCCGAGGUCGAUCGUAUCGAGAAACGCGACGCGCGCCACGACUAGGAACCAACCGAGAAGGGUCAGAGCCUGUCUUUUUACCGAACUUCGCUAGAAAAGUAAAAAGGAACACGUCGACAACAUCAGCUCGCUUAUCUCACCUACUUUUUUCUACCAUAGCAAAAUACAUGUAUUUUUGUACGAAUUAUAAAUAGUAAUUAUGUAAAAAACAA